AUGAAGGCUUGGAAAGGAGUCCUUACUCGCAACAAAGGUGACGCUCCAGAUGGUACCGGCAAUGGUUUCGAACAGCAACAGCAACAGCAACAGCAACCACAGCAAUAUGCAAAUGUCACGCCACCAGCACCUCCUACUCCGAGUAUCCAGAUUCAUGAUACAAGCAAUGUUACUAUGACGCACGAUAACAUGGAUCCUAACAAGCGAGCAGGAGCGACAUCAGUGUCAUUCAUGCAGCCUCCCCCAAACAACAAUAAUGCUGUCAAGCAACCUGGUGGCGAACGAGAUAUUCCUAAAACAGGAGCACUGGCUCGAAUGAAAAAUGCGCCCAAGGAUCAGAUCCCUACCAUCAAAGCUCCUCGUCGCCAAAAGUCAUCUCGCUUUUACGUCAAAGAAAAGGUUCAAGUACACAAGACACCUGGAUUUCAUGAGGUACCGCCUCAUUUACGUCAAGAUCUCUUUAUCCAAAAGAUACGCCAAUGCAAUGUCGUCUUUGAUUUCAGUGAUGCAGCUGCUGAGUUGAGGGAAAAGGAAAUCAAGCGACAAACCCUGCAGGAAAUCCUCGAGCACAUCAACCUGAAUCGUAAUGUGUUGACAGAACCGAUUUAUCCUGAAAUUGUUCGCAUGUUUUCGACCAACUUGUUUCGUACGAUCCCACCCCAAGUGAACCCCGUGGGCGAUGCGUAUGACCCCGAAGAAGAUGAACCUGUUCUUGAACUUGCAUGGCCGCACUUGCAGAUCGUAUACGAGUUCUUUUUGCGUUUUCUCGAAUCACCCGAAUUCAACAUUGCUUAUGCUAAGAAGCAUAUUGAUCAAAAGUUUAUCUUGCAGCUAUUGGAGUUAUUCGACAGCGAGGAUCCUCGAGAACGUGAUUUCUUAAAGACGACGCUCCAUCGCAUAUAUGGAAAAUUCCUCAACCUUCGUGCCUUUAUCCGACGAUCCAUCAACAACAUCUUUUUCCAAUUCAUCUAUGAAACAGAACGACACAAUGGCGUAGCAGAAUUGCUGGAGAUAUUGGGUAGCAUCAUCAAUGGCUUUGCCCUCCCGCUCAAAGAAGAACACAAGACCUUUUUGAUCCGCGUCCUUAUCCCACUCCACAAAGUGCGUUCUCUUGCCUUGUAUCAUCCACAACUCGCCUAUUGUGUCGUACAGUUUCUUGAGAAGGAUCCAGCUCUUACAAGCGAGGUGGUGAUGGGAUUAUUGCGUUACUGGCCCAAGGUCAAUAGCCCUAAGGAAGUCAUGUUCUUGAAUGAGCUCGAAGAAAUCUUGGAUAUCGUUGACGCUUACGACUUUCAACGUAUCAUGGUCCCCGCUUUCACCAAAUUGACACAAUGCAUCGCAAGCACGCAUUUCCAAGUAGCAGAACGAGCACUCUAUUUUUGGAGCAAUGAUUACAUUGUAAGCUUGAUGGCUGCCAACAUGGAUACCAUUAUGCCCAUUGUGUUUCCUGCUUUAUACAAGACUUCUAAAUCUCAUUGGAACAAGACAAUCCUUAAUCAGGUUUACACUGCAUUUAAGCUCUGUAUGGAAAUCAAUCCUGCUUUAUUCGAUGAAUGUGCCAACCAAUUCAAGCAUCAAAGACAAAUGGAGCGAAAGCGACAAAAGCAAAGUGAGGAAAAUUGGAAGACGCUGCAUGCCAAAGUUAUAGCAAUCUCCAACAACCAAGAUACCACCGAACCUGCUGUACCAUCAACAACUACUCCUUUUACAUUCCCAGCUCCAUCUGCUUGCAAUUCGAUGGUGCUCGAAGGAGAAGACGAAGAUGAUGACAUCUUGACUGAUGAAACAGAUGCUGAUGAUUCUGAUAAUGCUGGCGAGCAUACGGAUGGAAUUCGUCCUGACAUGCAACAAUUCGAUACCGCACCUGUGCAAUACCAACAAUUUAGACGUAAAUCUAUUAUACCCGUGGAUGAGACUGUUUUCAAUGAGCUUUCCCGUCACGUCAGUCUAGACGAAGUCCUAAAUCAAGCCCCAGGCACAGCAAGCAAUGGGUCCAACAGCGAUAUGCAUGUGGAUCAAUGA